AUGUCAGUUGGUGGAUGGCAUAUAACACAAUAUUUGAUAGAAUUUUUGAAUAAACGUGGAUACAGUUUUAACUCUUCGAAAGAUUUCAAAACUAUAAACAAUAUCAAAGAAAAAUUGUGCUAUUUUGCUUUGAACUUCAAUUUUGAAAGAGAUAUGUAUACCAAAGAAAAAGAAAAACAAUAUAUACUGCCAGAUGGAAUGGUGAUCAAUGUCGAAACCGAAGCCUUUCAAUCACCUGAAAUCUUGUUUGAUCCUCUUUUAUUCAACAUCGAAUCGAAGCUAGGAGGUAUCCACAACUUGAUACACAGAGCAUGCAGUGCUCUCAAUUAUAAAAAACAAAAAAAUAUGUACAACAACAUCAUAUUGGCUGGUGGUAAUACGAUGUUUAAAUUUCUACCUAUUCGUUUGGAGAAAAUGGUAGCUGACUUAGUCACAUCUUCUACUAGCAUUCAAAUCAAAGCGGGCCCCGAACGUAAAUUUUCCACAUGGCUUGAGGGUUCCGUAUUAGCUUCGAUGCCCAGCUAUCAGAAAAUGUGGAUCAGUAAGGAAAAUGGGCCUGCAGCUUUACACGAAAAAAGCUUAAUUUGA